AUAUAUGGAUAUUAGCAACGUCUAUACAGAGUUGUAUCUAUAACACUGGUAUUUUGACAAUGAGUCGCCGAGCGAGUUUGUUCGCAAAACAGAACCCGGAAGAAAAGAAACCAAAAGGUGUCCGCUUUCCAGACGAGCUUGUUUUUCUUGACAACAUAAAAGAAAAUGACGUGCAUGCCCUUGGUUCCAUGCUAAGGAGAGCAAGUCUACAAGUGGAUAUAAGUGCAAUUAACGACGCAGGUCUGACGCCGCUGCACCAGGCGGUUCUGGACGGGAACGAGGCGGCCGUCCGACUGCUCGUGGCUCACGGGGCGACGGUCAACAAACAGGACGAGGAUUCUUGGACGCCGCUGCACGCUGCAUGCGCAGAGGGACACGCAGAUAUAGUCAAGUUUCUACUUGAAAGUGGGGCUGACAAGAACAUCUUGACAGACGAAGGCGAGCGACCCCUGGAUCUGGUGGAACCGUCUGACCUCCCAACCAUCCGGGUCAUGCUAAGUGACGUUAAACCAAAUACUGAUAACCAAUCAGAAGACGAGUUGGACGAUGACGUCACUGAUAAUGAUGUCACUGGAUGACAUAGUUAUAUGUCUCGCGUUUUGGUGCUAUUGUAAAUAACUAAUCAAUUUGUGAAAACUCAUAAUUCAUAGUGUGUGUUUAUUGUUUCUGAUAUGAAGAACUGGACACUUUUUAUCGUGUAUGACGUCAUCGCAGUCAUAUUCAAAAACUCAUAUUAGGCAGCAAAAUGCCUGCAUCAACAUUGCAGUGUACAUAUUGGUCAGUCAUUUAAAUGCAGUAUUAUAAAAGGGUGUUUUAAAAGUAUAAAUAAACAUUUAAUAAGGCAAUAUUGCAGUAAAAUGCAGUGUACAUAUAAAUCAGGGUAUAAUCCAAGUGUUUAGAAUUGUAGAACAUCAUCUCAGAGUCCUCAUUUUUCCUAAACACACAAGAUCUGGUCAUUAUGUAGUUUGCAAGUGUGUAUUCAAUUUUGGUCAAUAUAAGCCACAUUUCACUAAACCUUUUGCCAUGUUGGUUAAUACAUUUACCCGUACUUAAUAAAUUGAUAUAUCCUUGGCAAUCGGCUUGCAAUGUUAGAACAAUUAACCACCAAAUAUUAUGAAUGCCUUUAAAAUGAGAUCAAUGAUUACAAUAACUAUGACAUUUAAAACAAGGAAAUAUUAUGAAAAUAACUUAUGAAAUGAUAUUAUAAACUACGGCAAUGUUUCCUUAAUAGGAUUAACCUAAAGUGUUACUGGAUAUGAAAACUUGGCUAUAAAUAUACAUCGGAUAUAUACUUUUUACUGGAAUUAAAGCGGUCAUGUGUUCAAUUACAUUAAAAUUAUUGACUUAAAUUUUGUGUUACAGUAUAUAACAGACAAAAACGAUUGAUGCGUUUUCACUUACUGGUAUCAUUUUAGGACUACUAUGGUCAUUUAAUAUAGAAAAUAAUACAAUUCAAAAACGUUUGAUCGUGAGUUGCGUAUAAAGCCCAUAUUUAUUUGAUAACAUAUA